UUGGAAGUGGAGACCUUUCGUACUAUCUUUUAUAUUACAGCAGGUUUUGGAAUUGGUAGAUGAACCUUGUAAUAUUAGAGAGUAAUGUUUUCGUGUGAUUAUUAACAAUUUAAAUUAUAGUCUUAACCAUACGUUAUAUUGAAAAAUUCUAUAAACAUGAAGUUGUGGACGUCACACCAUACUUUUGAUCAUCCAUGGGAAACCGUUGUGAAAGCAGCAUGCAGAAAGUAUCCAAAUCCUUUAAAUCCAUCAGUUUUGGGGACAGAUGUCAUCGACAGAGAAGUCAAGGACGGCGUUCUCUAUUCUCAUAGAUUGGUCACCACGCAAUGGCGUUUUCCUAGAUGGCUAUCACCAUUCUUCGGUCAUCAAGGUCCAUACUAUGCCAGCGAAUGGAGCGAAGUAAAUCCAGAAUCUAAAGAAAUGGUAGUCCGAACGGUAAACAUAAGCUUGGGGAAGCACGUUUCGGUCGGUGAAGUAGUCACGUAUUCACCACAUCCAGAGAAUCCGGAGACAACGCUUUUAACACAACAGGCAGUAAUUUCUAUCCAAGGGGUGCCGCUUAUAGACCAUCUAGAAAGGUUACUGACACUAACGAUCGAACAAAACGCGAAUAAGGGACGGCAAGCAGUGGAAUGGGUCAUCGAGAAACUCCAAUCAGAAGUGAAAGAUAUCGCGUCCACUGCCGCGAAAUCGACAGACGACUUACUCAAUCAAACGCGUCGGCAAUUCGAUGACAUCACGAAUAUUACGAAACAGGGCAUGGAAGAUUUUCAAAACGUAGCAAAGAAGUCGUUCGAUGAGUUUCAGAAUUUGACAGUGCCACCUCCGUCACAGUCGAUACCAAAGUUAUAGCUAAUAUAUCACGCUAGCUUCAAUCUCUUUAACUAACGCCAUGUAGAUCUUCGAUGGAACGAUUGUAAAUGAAAUAAAACGAUUCGAUGAGAAACAA